AUGGCCGCAUCCACAUCCACUUCUGUGCAGGCCGAAGACGUGGGUGAAUUUUUUGACGAACUGGAGAAAAUGAUGUCACAGAUGGAUAGGCAACCAGCGGUGGCCCCCACAGGAGCCGUGGAACAAGCCCUUGCUGCGGGAGAACCCGUUGCCAGGCCCAUCUCACCCAUUCUCAGAGUUGAAAGCAGAACGCCCCCGCCUCAUCUCACAAGUCCUCAUGGCAGCCCGUUACCAAGGCUGGAAGGACCUGCCAUUGAGCCGGAGGUCCGUGGAGAGAUGUUGGCCGAGCCAAUACCAGGAGCCGAGCCGUUGCCCGAAGCUGAGCCAUCGAUGAGAGCUGAGCCGAGACCGAGUACUGCCGAGGAUGAAUUGCCGGGAGCCGCACCUAUUGUUCCAAAAGCUGAACCGCCUGCAGAUGCUGCUCCGCUGCCGGUGCAACCGGACGUCGAUACCGCAGCAAUGCCUCCGCCGGCGUCGAGCCCCGUAUCGCCUCCCACUCAACGACAAAGACGACGACGAGUUCCCAGGUCACCGGCGUUGGGAGAGCCACCGCGGCGCCGUCGGCGCCCCUCUCGUGUCAUCAUCGACAAAGACGUGCAGAUAAGCAUGGAGGAAAUGCGGCAGAACAUCUACAGCAUGAGCCUUGAAAUUCAUAAGCGGAACUAUGUGAUGACGCUGCCAAAGUUGCAGAGUGUCGACGUACUCUUCCGACAGCCUGGACGUCGACUUCUUUCUGAUCAACUGCUGAGGCCUUGGAAAAGGAUCAAGACUAUGCCGGAGCCAGACGACCUCGAGCCUCUCGUGUCUGAUGAAGAGCUGAUUCCUGAGCCUGCUGUGGCGCCUGUAGUCGAACCAGCAGCCGAGCCUGUAGCCGAGCCUGUUGCUGAGCCAGCAGCCGAGCCAGCAGCCGAGCCACUGGUUGAACCAGCGUCAGAGCAACUGGUUGUGGCGGACUUUGCAGACAGGAUUGGUGAACCACAGGAGAUGCCCUCGGUGCGUGAGGAAGGCAGUCUGGAAGCACCCAGGGAUCCGAGCCUGCAAGACACCUCAGGUGCAAGUGCUGACGGGAGGGCAGUCGGAAAGACUUCCAUGGUUCGAGUGAUGGGCGGCAUUCCCGAGGAGGAACCACAAGUUCAAGCCCCUGGGGACGAGGAGUUCCAGCUCCCGAUUCCAGACGAGCAGGCGCCGUUGGAUGUGCCAGAGCUGGUUCCGGUAGUACCCAUCAUACCUCCGGCAGAUCACGUGGAGGAUUUUUCGGAAGUGCCCCCGGAAGAGAGAAGCCCACUGUCGCGUGUGUGGGGUCGGCUUUUGCAGUUUGUCGACGAGCACGGUAUGUGCACCUUGUCAAUCCUGGUCACACCGGACGUCUUCAACCGGAGGACAGUGGCCAGCACCUUUGGAGCACUCUUGCGUCUCCACAAGCGUGGGCUCGUGAGCCUAAGUCAGGAUCAGCCGUACGGUCCAAUUGUCAUCGAGGUCUGCCAGCAAGAAGAAGGCACCCCGCUGAUGGCUUACCAUCAAAACCCCUGAAGCCAUACCACAUUGACGAGGAGCCCAGCGUUGGCCCAACAUUUCCUUCGUGCACCAUUAUGGCCAUCGUACCUCCUCCCACAGGUGUUGCUAACUUAAGCGUCGUGAUACAUUGCCUAGCCAGUGUUACGGUUCUAGUCAGACUAACGUCAUUCGUUAAGCAAAAAACUGCCAUUCAUUUAUCUAUUCAUUCAUAUUUACAUUUUUGGACCACGUUGACACUGCACAACUUUUUGUGCAAAGCUUAUUUAUAUAGGACAGCAUUUAACUAUUUGCAAUGUCUCUAAACAAAAUGUCUCGCAAAGGUUUUUAGAAAAGGGUUCUUGAGGUAUUGUUAUACACUGCCUAGCAGGUGCUGCAGUUAUAGUCAGACUAACGUAAUUCGUUAAGCAAAAGACUGCCAUUCAUUAUCUGUUCAUUCGUAUUUAUAUUUUUAGACCACGAUGACACUGCACAACUUUUUGUGCAAAGCUUAUUUAUAUAGGACAGCAUUUAACUAUUUGCAAUGUCUCUAAACAAAAUGUCUCGCAAAGGUUUUUAGAAAAGGGUUCUUGAGGUAUUGUUAUACACUGCCUAGCAGGUGCUGCAGUUAUAGUCAGACUAACGUAAUUCGUUAAGCAAAAGACUGCCAUUCAUUAUCUGUUCAUUCGUAUUUAUAUUUUUAGACCACGAUGACACUGCACAACUUUUUGUGCAAAGCUUAUUUAUAUGAAACAGCAUUUAGCUAUUUGCAGUGUUUCUAAACAAAAUGUCUUGGAAAGGUUUUGAGACAAGGGUUCUUGGGGUAUUGUUAUACACUGCCUAGGGGGUGCUGCAGUUAUAGUCAGACUUAUGUCAUUUGUUAAGCAAAAGACUGCAAUUCAUUAUCUAUUCAUUCGUAUUUAUAUUUUUAGACCACGAUGACACUGCACAACUUUUUGUGCAAAGCUUAUUUAUAUGAAACAGCAUUUAGCUAUUUGCAGUGUUUCUAAACAAAAUGUCUUGGAAAGGUUUUGAGACAAGGGUUCUUGGGGUAUUGUUAUACACUGCCUAGGGGGUGCUGCAGUUAUAGUCAGACUAACGUCAUUCGUUAAGCAAAAGACUGCCAUUCAUUUAUCUAUUCAUUCGCAUUUACAUAUUUAAACCGCGUUGACAGUUGCACAUUAUGCGCACAGCUUAUUUCUAUAAGACACCAUUUAACUAUUUGCAGUGUUUUUAUAAAAAGUGCCUUAGAAAGGAUUUUAGACGAGGGUUCUUGAGGUACCUUGUUGUUGUUUUACGUUCUUUGCUGUUACGUUCUUGAUUGUUUACCUUAUCUUAUCUGUGACAAUGCACCUUCACUGCAGCUAGUCAUUAGGAUUUGCGACAACGUGCCUGGCUCACGUGUGGUACUUACACAGCUUCGAGACACGAAGCGUCGUUUCACAAUGCCAUUAUACUUAAGAAAUAAAUACUAUGUUGUUCCUCAUUGA